AUGGAAACGAAAAUCGAUGAAAUUUUAAAAACUGUUAAUGAUUUGAAAGUCACAAAUAAUAAAAUUAUUUCUACGAUAAACACCCAAAAUGAAAAAAUUAGUCGCAUAUCUAAGAAGGUUGAUGACCUUUUUGAAAACGUCUCUAAUCUAACAAAAGCUAACCAGGAUCUUAAUUUAAAAGUUACUAAUCUAGAGAUUAAAAUAUUAGAUAUGGAGCAAAGUAUAAAUAAAGAAAACAAUGCACCACCUGAACAAAACAUUAUCGAGGAACUAAUGGAUAGACAGUCGAGAUCAAAUAAUAUUAUUCUAUUUAACUUAACUGAAGAUGAUAACGAGGAUGAUUCACAGAAAAUUAAAAACGUUAUUUCUAGUUUAAAUCAGAAAAUUGAACAAUUUACAUUUUUUCGUCUCGGAAAAACAAAAUCAAAUACUCCGGAUAAGCCACGUCCAGUAAAAAUUCUUCUUUCAAGUCAAUCAGAUGUGUUUAAUAUCUUACGAACACAAAAAAAUUUGAAAACAACAACGAAAUGGUCAAAUGUUCGUUUUUCGUCAGAUAGAACUACUAAGCAACGAGAAGAAAUGGGAAUCCUUAGAAGAACGUUACAACAACGUAGAGAUAAUGGUGAGCAGAACAUAAUCAUUAAAUAUAUUAAAGGUAUCCCGAAAAUUGUAAACACUACAAAAAACUGAUAAGCACACCACCCACUUGUUUAAAUUUGUACUACCAAAAUGUCCGUAGCUUAAAUAAUAAACUAUCAUGUCUAAAAUCUCAAGCUCCUAGCUCAAUAUAUGAUAUAUUUAUAUUCACAGAAACUUGGUUAAAAGAAAACGUUAUGUCAACUGAAUUAGGUUUUUAUAAUUAUAAUGUAUUUAGACAUGACAGAACAAAUGAAUCAAGCUCAUUAUCUAGAGGUGGUGGUGUACUUAUCGCUAUUCGUAAUAAUAUUUAUUCUAAGCUUAUUGAAAUUGUAAUUAAUAAUAUAGAACUAUUAUUUGUAUUGAUAAAAAUGUCUAAUCUUACUUUUAUUAUUGGAUCUGUGUAUAUGCCUAUUAAAUCAAAUGUUAUAUUAUUUAACGAAUAUUUCGAUACGG